AUGACUGCUGCUCCGCCAGAGCUCUCCUCGUUAAUGGAAGAUACACUCAGGAAAAGACAAGGCUUCUGGUAUCGCAUACUUGAAUUCAUCCUCAAGAUGACCUCGGGAGUUGUCUACUCGAUAGUGAUGCAUUGUCUGCUAAUGACUGCAUUCGUGUUGCUCUUGUUCCAGAUUUUCUAUACAAACGAGUUUGAUAAUCUCGACCAGGUUAUGAAGAAUCUUAAUCUCUUCAACAAUUACCUUGUUUGGACCGUAGGGGAAGUUGUAGUGAGACGGUUAUCUGACGAUCCGCUGUUUCUCACUAAAUCGGGACAUUUCGCGCAUAUGGUCGGAUCAUUCUUUCUCAUCGGCUACCUGGAGUUUCCAUUAAAUCCUAUCGAGACUCUUCUCUUUGCUUUAGUUGGAACAUCACUUGUGUGUUGGACCAUGUUCGUUUUUUUUGCCUCUUUAUUCCUGCUUUUAUUGUUUUCCAAAGAGAUGGCUCCUUCUUUAAUCGAGCCACUGGUUUAA